GGUAUCGCAGGUUCGAUUCGUGAUCGCAUUCCCAAACGAACACAUCUUACCCUGCGAGUACCAAUCACAUUUUAUACCUUUCGUAUCUCUAGCUUUUUGAUCCGUCGUACACUAUGCUGAUUCGGGUCCGUUCCAACGUGGGCGUAUGGCGCGUAGACGGUUUGGACGCCGAGACCGCGACCGUCACGGACGUCUUGGCUGGCAUUGCCCGAUCGCGCCCCCACGUCGUGUACGAACGCCCCUUGGCACGCGAUCCAGCCUGCCACGAAACGCUGUCGACGACUGAGACGUUACGUGCACAAGGGCUCGACCAAAAUGGCGCCAUGAUUCAUUGUAGGGUCGAUCCUACGACGUGUGCGGAUUGGACCGCGCCCGCGGCGGAAAUGUCCCCGUCGACAAUGACAGGGAAUGCUACAGUGGAACCGAAAGAACAGGGUCAACAUUUCCGUCGCGUUAUCGACAAAGACGGAGGAAUUAAGCUUGUGCCUACCAAGGAUGUACCGACGCAGCAAGACCGAGGAUUUCGCAAGGGCAUGUUGCCUUUACGGGAUAUGAAAAUGUCCUGGACGCUUAACGAUUUCAUUGCGCUCGAUUCGCAGUUUGAAUUUAAGAUCCAGAGGCAGGAAAAGGCAACGACAUCCAAAGUGUCACUGGAUGUCCCGUCGAUCAGUAAUUUCCAGACCUACCUGCAACGCUUUCAAUUUCAACGCAAACGCUGCGGAUUUCUAUACGGAAAAUUUGUCAAGGAGGAUGAGUCGGACGAAAAGCCGACCAAAGUACUGGUCGAAGCAAUAUACGAGCCGCCCCAAGAGAUCAAUCCAGACUCAGCGGAGGGAUUUACGCUGGAGGACGAUCCUCAGGAAGAGGAAGUCAACCAGUUGGCCGAAUGGCUCGGUUUGCAGCGCGUGGGUUGGGUCUUUGGUCACGCGCCACGGCAAGGAUACGUUUUGAGUGCGGCCGAAACAAUCCUAGCGGCUGAAUUUCAGUUGGAGGCCGCUGGAGGCGUGGAAGAGACACCCUUCUGUACCGUGACCGUGGCUCCCAAAUUAGACGGCCAAGUUGCGGUAGAGGCCUUUCAGGUAUCCCAGCAGUGUAUGGCGAUGGUAGCCGAAGAAGCCCUGCAAGUCGAUCCCGAUAAUCCUCAAUUGUGCAAAGUAAACGAAACCUUUACCGCUAUUCAGGAAGGAAAGGCAAGUCCGACGGUCGAAACAGCUUUCUUUUUGACGGUGGUACCCAUUGUACAACACACAUCCGAGACUUUCGUGGCUGAUUUUCCGCGGGCAAAUCGUGAUUUGGAUGAUACUGCACCGAACAAAGAUGCCUUGACACGUCAACUCAGGCAAGCUGGAUCCAACGGGUGGACUCUGGUCGAUCGAUUGGCCGACUUUAACCUUUUGAUCUAUUUGAAGUCUUCUUUUGACUUUCAGAGUGACUUUCCAAAAAUCUGUGCAGCCAUUGCUAAUCGGGAUAUUCCCCUGGACGAUGGAUACAAGCUAUUAAUUGCAAGUUUAGCGGGAUUGGAUGGUGCCUAUUAGUAACAAUGUUGCUGGUAGUCUUCUUUUUGACAAGCGCUGCCUGAAUUCGCUCCUAAUUUU